AUGGGUGAACUUCGAGGGCAGCGGCUUGUCUUGGCCGUCAGCGUUCUCACAUCGCUGGGUUUCAUGCUCAUCGGUUAUGACAAUGGCCUUAUGGGAGGACUGGCCCUCUUUAGUCAAUGCCCCGGCAUUCAACUCGACGUUCGACUCUCCAGACCCGACCAUGACAGGCCUCAUCGUGGCAAUCUACGAAGGCAAGUAGACUCGACGAGGGGACUCGAAGUCCAUGAUUACGGUCAGCUGACUCUGGUAUCUCUAGUUGGCUGUUUCUUUGGCUGUGUAGCAACGGCGUUUUUCGGCGAGAAGUACGGCCGCCGAAAGACCAUUGGAACUGGUUGCUCUAUCAUGGUCGUCGGUGCCAUCAUUCAAGCCGCUUCGUAUGGACGCGCUCAGAUGAUUGUCGGGCGAAUCGUCUCUGGUGUCGGAAUGGGCAUCGUCAACUCCACUGUUCCUGUUCUUCAGGCCGAGUUCAGCCCCAAGGCAAGCCGUGGCAUUUACGUCUGCGCACAACUAUCUACCCUAAACUUUGGAAUCUUCCUCAUCUACUGGAUCGACUACGCCUUCUCGUCACACCUUGAGAGCUACGCCUGGAGAGUCCCAGUUGCUCUGCAGUGCAUCUGCAUCCUGCCAAUGUUCAUCAUUUUGCAGUUCAUACCCGAGACUCCGCGAUGGCUUGCGGCACACAAGCGAUCAGAUGAAUGCCUGGCCGUUCUGAAGCGCCUCAAGUGUGACGAGGACGAGGACACAAUUCUUGCUCUGCACAACUCGAUCACGCAAACGGUAACAUACGAGGCCGAGAACAGCGCGAGUUCGUGGCGAGACCUCUUGGUGCAAGAUCGUAUUCAGAGCCAGAGGAGAUUUCUUAUUGCGUGUUUCUUGCAAGGCGCACAGCAGCUUGGAGGAAUCAAUGCUAUCAUCUGUAUACUGACGGCUGUCCCUUCUGAAGACUACAGCGGUACUCUAUUUGAGAAGAGCAUCGGAUUCGAUAGCCACAUGUCAAGCCUCAUGUCUGGAUUCCUGCAGACCUGGUUCUUCGUUGCUUCGUUUAUUCCAUGGUUCUUGAUUGAUCGCGUGGGCAGAAGACCUUUGCUCUUGUCCAUGAUUAGUGUCAUGGCGGCCGUCAUGGCAGUCCAAGCAGCUCUCAUCUACCAGGUCCAAAACUCUACUGCCAUCGCCAAAUCAGCUGGCAUUGGCGCUGCGGCCAUGCUUUUCGUUUUCCAGGGUGCCUUUACCAUCGGCUUCCAGGCCACUGUCUGGGUUUACCCGUCGGAGAUUUUGCCUCUGCGGAUUCGGCAACUGGGCUCGUCCAUUUCCAGUGCUACCAACUGGAUUUUCAAUUACAUGGUUGUUCAAGUUACUCCAAUCUCUAUCUCGAGUAUUGGAUGGCGUACUUACAUUAUCUUUGCGGUUUUGAACGCCGCGUGGGUGCCCGUCAUCUACCUGUUCUUCCCUGAGACCAAGGGAUUGGAGCUGGAGGAUGUUGAUCGCCUGUUUGCCGGCGAUGACUUUGAAAAUACGAUCCAUGAUAGAGAUAGCAAGCAUGAAGUCUGGGAUAUCGAAGACGUCAGCAGGGCUUAG